ACUUAUAAUAAUAUAUUUUGAUAUUAAAAGAUCUUGGAGACCUACUAAACCUUGUGAAUUUGCAGGCAGGCGACUAGAGAUUUUGCAUACAAAGUCACAGCAGACAAUCUCUCUGACGCCCAUGGCAACCAGAAGUUUAAAUCGGAUACUAGCAACUGUGAUGAUCUCUUCUGCAGCCCUCUCUCUCACCCCCAAGCCAGCUUUUGCCUGUACAGAACCAACUUUCUUUCUCUCUCUCUCUCUCUCUUUCUCUCAUAUAAGCAUAUAGAUUUAACUCUUCUCCUUUGAAGCAGACUUAACUCAUCCGGCAAGCACAGACUCCAUCAUUUUCGAUGCUAAGGAGAAGAUGAAAACAAUGGGUUACCACUCAUUUUUCACCAAAAAGGAUCAUGAAAGCAGUGGAGACAAGGGAAAUGAGAUGCAUGAUGAGAUCAAAUGUGGCAACGUUGUCAGUCGAGUGUUGCAGGUGGUGAUUAAAGACUACAAGUGUCCAACACUUGAUCAUUCUGUGUCAGAAUUGAAUAAAACUAACUGUGGAACUUUCCCUCUAGAGAAAGGGAAACUGUGAAACAAGUACUAAAGGAUGAGAAUUACCAUGUUGAAAAGAUGUAUAGUUCAGAGGUUUGGUACCGGGAUGUUAAAAAGGGUAAAGGUGCUAUAGCAACAGAUGAUCAGAUUUUACAGCUGAGGAUCCACUACAACCUUUAUAAUGAUGCCGGAGAUGCCCUUUUUAACAGUUUAAAGCACAAGACUUCUUCGGUGGAAGUCCACUUGUGCCAUCAGACAUUUGGGCCAGGAGUUGUGAAAGCGAUUAAAGGCAUGCGAGUAGGAGGAAUAAGAAGGAUUAUUCUUCCUAAGGAUACGAUUAUUUCUAGUGAAAACAUCAAAGCGUAUGGAGUCAUGGAUGUGGAGUUGGUUGCAGUUUGUGCAUCCCCUGUGUGUUGCUCCUAACGUAAAUCCUAAAUAAUAAUAAUAAUAAUACUUCAGUUGUCUUCCUUUUACAGACAUUAUUGUAAUAAAUAAGGUAGAAGUAGAAGGGGGCUGUGGACAUGACAAUGAAUCAGAUGAGAAAUGAGAACCAGGCCCCCCCUAGUCUAGUCUUGAGUUUCUCUUAAUCUAUUCUGAAUUUCUGAUGGGUCAUUUGAUUUUAUUUAAAAAAAUAUUUUCACUUUAA